AUGAGUGGAGCCGAUGUAAGCACAGGCGGCACGCGCAUGCCAUCAUCGCUAGAGGAUCUUCUGGGUAGCCACAGCAAGGACGAGCCGUCAACCAGUAGGGACAUAAGCACGAGGAUAGGCGCGCUCAAAGCUCGGUUGACGCGUGCGACCGCAGCAUCUGGCGGCACCACUGCACCGGACGUCCGCCUCUCGUCUCCCCACCUCACAGAGCCUUCUUACAGGCGCGCUUCAGUGGGAGGAGGUGAGCUUGGACGUCUGGCCUCCGAGAUCCCCCGAUCCAGCCUUUCUGACGUGCACUAUUCAGAGGAGCUGUACAGUGCCAGAUACAACGAGCAAGCAGCAUCAUCGAGCACACUAGAGGUGGAGAUGCUGAAGCGGCGCAUGGUAGAGCUGGAGAACGAAGUCAUUGUCUUGAGGAACGAGAACGAGGCCCUGCGCAAUCGGCUGACAAUAGCGUGCACCCAGGGCCUGUGUCGGUCGGCCAUAAACCAGAGCGCGAUGAACGCGUCUCAUGCUCCGGCCUCCAGGCAGAACGUGACCAAUGCCACCGUGAGCAAUAUACGACCAGCCGCUUUGGACAUGUCAGACUUUGAGCGCCAGUGGCAGGCCAUUGAAGCAGGGGUGAACAAUUGUGUGGAUCGCACCUCGGUGAGCGAUCCUCCUCAGAUGGAGUCGCAUACACCCAAUACGGCCAUAUCUCCUAGCACUGGCAACAGUGCACUAACACGAUCCCGUGCUUCUAUCAUGUCUGCUUCUCGUAUUUCAACCACUCCACCAGUUUGGUGUAACGAUGCACAUAGGAAAUCAAGAAAACUCAACAAAGAGAUUGAGGAAGCAUUGGGGAAUGCGAUCGCAUCUAGUAAUACAGGUCUUUCGUUUACAGCCUGUGGCAACGCAGAUAGGGGUUCUUUAGGAAAGCAAACACAGACUCCAAAUCCACAUACAAUCACUACAAAGGUUGCACUACCAACUGCAGGAAACUGCAAAGAGGCCGUCGCCCCAAGACUGGUUGGCAUAGAUGAAGAUGCAGAUGAGCCGUGCAUUGUUUGGAAGAGGGAGACAGCGUCUGGAUUGGUGCCUUCGGGGGCUCUGUCUCUUGAGCACAUUACUGAAUGCUUAUAUGGUGAACACGCACGGACGUUCAGAGGAUGGAUUAUUGCUCUUCGUAAAGAUGGUGAACAGAAAAGCAUUGCGGACCUCAUCGACCAGUGGGCAGCACUUCCUUCCGAGAGGCUUAGUCUUAUUCCAAAGAUUGGUCAUCCAAAUACUAUCGUUCUUGUGUCCCGCACCCGUGCUCUUUGCUUUGAAAUUCAUCAUACAGAAGACUACACCAUAUGGGUCAAUUAUCUGGUUCAGAAGUUGAAUGGAUUGUAG